GCUCGUGAAAAGGCAUCUUAACAGUUUGAUAAAAGUGAUAAUGAAUGAAACGGAUCAAAACGAAGUUAAAGAAACGGAUAGCCAUAAUACACAUAUAUUUCUUGAGAAUAUCGCGAUUUCGUAGCCCGAUUUCAUAAUUGUUAUCUUCGACGAUAUUACAAAUUAUCAAAUGAGUUUUAUACAACGAGAAACUGAAAUAUUGCGAUUUCGCAGCCUGAUUCCAUAAUUUCUAUCCUCAAGGAUAUUACAGCUUGUCUGUCAUAUGAGUUUUAUGCAAGAAACUGUAUGAUUGGAGUCUUGGAUAUUGUUGUGUAAAAAGCAUUGAUCGAUGAAGGCCUAACAGAUGAAUAAAAGAAUCAACACGACAAAUACCAAUUUAGAAGCAUAUGUUGGAUCGUAAUGCUUAGUGAGAUCCAAAGUCCUUUAGAUUUGGUAAUGCUUGUGCUGUGAAAAUAAUUACUUUUUUUGUAAUUAAACUACAUAAAGUAGAGAAAAAGUAAGACAAUGAGUAAGAUUUUAGGAAUCUUAAGAGCAAAAGUGAUUAGUGGAACUACUAUUCCUACUGCAAUUGCUUCCAACCCAUCUAAUUUAAAUGAAAUUGAGGAAGAAAUUAAAAGAUUAGAACAAGAGCAAGAAGAAUAUGAUAGACAAGCAAUAAAUGAUUAUCAAGAAAGAUUGGAUGAAGAGGAACGAGAGGCCAAAAGAGAUGGAUAUGAUGGAGAUUUAAAAAAAAAUAUCGAAGCAAGAAAAAAAGCUCUAGUUGACUAUUAUGCAAUUGCUCCCAAUUCAUCGUCUGAUUUCUACCUCAAAUUAAAAGAAAUUGAAGAAGAAGUUCAAAAAUUAAAACCAAACCAUGAAGAAGGUGAUAUACAAGCAAAUGAUUAUCAAGCAAGAUUGCAUAAAUUGGAUGAACUGGAACUAGAGGCCAAAAGAGAUGGAAUAUAUGAUGGAGAUUUAAAAGAACUUAUCAAACAAGCAAGAAAAAAAGUUAUAGACUGUAAUGUAAUUACCCCCAAUCCAUUUAAUUUAAGAAUGAAGGAAAUUGAAGAAGAAAUUAAAAAAAUAAAACAAGAACAAAAAGAAAAUGAGAGACAAGCAAUGAUUAAUUAUCAAGCAAGUUUGCAUGAAUUGGAUGAACUAGAACUAGAGGCCAAAAAAGAUGGACUGUAUGAUGGAGAUUUGAAAGAAAAAAACGAACAAGCAAGAAAAUAUGUUAUACAUGGCUAUAACAAAUUACUUUUAUUGAUUGCUAAGCAAAAUCUAACUUCAGAAAUUGGUAUUGAUGCAUUAGAAAUAGAAGAUUUUGACAAUAUAGAUACAAGAAAGAAUUCUGCUGUAAGGAUGUCUUUUGAUGAUCAACCGGGAACAAGCCGAACACCUACAAAAUGUAGUAGUGCCUUAAAAUAGUACUGCAGUAUCUGAUGUUGAAAUAACAGUAACAGAAGAAAAUAAUAUUAAUAAUUCAUCAAAGUUUAUAUUUUUUA